AUGGGAAAACGUGGUUCAGUUUUAAGUAAAUUUCAAAGCUUAGAUGCGUAUGCUAAAACGCUUGAUGAUUUCCGCAUUAAAACUUAUUAUGGUGCAGCACUUACUAUAAUAAGCGCCAUUAUUAUAAUUAUUUUACUCUGGUCAGAAUUCAAUGAGUAUAGGUCAACAGAAAUUAGACCAGAGUUGAUAGUUGAUAAAAGUAGAAAAGAAAAGUUAACAAUAAAUAUCAAUGUCACGUUUCCAAGAGUACCUUGUUAUCGUACUGUUGACGUGAUGGAUAUUGCUGGGGAGACACAAAAUGAUUUAGCACAUGACAUAUAUAAAACUCGAUUGAAUACAGAUGGAACUCGAAUAGAUGUUGAGAAAGCUGAAGAUAUUGGCGAUCAUACGAAAGAUAUAAUAAAAAUAGUUAACAGUACAUCUUUAACCAAUGAAACUUAUUGUGGAAGUUGUUAUGGAGGAAUACUUCCUGAAAGUAAAUGUUGCAAUACUUGUGAUGAUGUUCGAGAAGCAUAUAUUAAGGCAGGAUGGUCUUUAAAAGGUUGGAAAGAAAAAGUAGAAAAACAAUCUAAAGAAGGUUGUAAUGUAGCAGGAAGUGUGAGGGUUAAUAAAGUAGCAGGAAAUUUUCAUCUUGCACCUGGAAAAAGUUUUCAACAAAAUCACGUUCAUGUUCAUGAUUUACAACCAUUUUUACAUGAUAAAGUUCAACAUGAUUUUUCACAUGAAAUCCAUCAUUUAAGUUUUGGACCUAAAGUUGAUGGUGUUGUAAAUCCUUUGGAUGGUGUUGUAGUUUCUACACAUUUUUAUUUUCUAAACCAAACCACCAUUCUCACGAAUCAAUACUCCGUAACACAAUUUGAACGUGACUUGACUGGUAAAGAUCAUAAGGAUGGUCAUUCGCACAAUCAUUAUGGAGGUUUGCCAGGUGUAUUCUUUAAUUAUGACAUUUCACCAAUGUUAAUUAUAAAUAGGGAAGAGAGUAAAAGUUUCACCCAUUUUUUGACAGGAGUAUGUGCAAUUGUGGGUGGAAUAUUUACUGUUGCUGGAAUAUUAGAUGGGUUUAUUUAUAAUGCAGAAAAAACAUUCAAGAAAAAAGUUGAAUUAGGAAAACAUUUGUAA